AUGGUGUUCGACGAGCAAGCCCAGGUCCCAGUGGAAGUGCCUUCGCACCCAAAUAGCCCUCGUUAUCGUUUCGAGAUCGCAGAGAAGUUGAAUGAUAACUCAGGACAGAACAAUGCCGGCAUUCUUCUUGUUGGUGACACUACAACCGGCAAGUACUGUGUUGAGAAACGGCUCAAAUCGUCCGACGUUGGUAAUGGCCGUGCUGAGCGCGAGAUUCACAUACUCUCGCAGCUUAAUGGACAUCCCAACGUUGUACAGUUGAUAGACUUCGAGCUGAUCAACAAUCCCAAACUGCAGGAGUGUGACCUUAGCGCAACGACCUGGAUGGAGUACUGCGAAUGGGGGAAUUUGAAUCACACGAUUGACUAUCUCAGGGCAAACAACGAGAGGAUGGUCGAGCCACUUCUUUGGCACGUUCUCGAGAGUCUAGCUGAGGCAGUGAGGCACUUGCAACAGGGUCCUAAGGACUGCGACCAUGGUACAUGGAACAUGGUAUAUCACCGCGAUAUCUCCCUUUCCAACAUCUUUCUCAAGUCAGAUCCAGGUUCUCAACUUCCUCGGGUGGUUCUCGGCGACUUCGGACUCUCAACCACGAACGCCCAUAUCAAGCUCGGUUAUAACGAUCGGUGGAUAAGCUCCACAUUCGAGAAGUAUUUUGCGCCUCCGGAAUUCCCCGUUUAUUAUCCAGAGUCAGACAUAUACCAGAUUGGGGCGGUAUUGUAUUGCUUGAUGUACGGACAAUACACGCCUUAUGUCGGAGCCGCACCACGCUUGAAUAAAGGCCAGCGCGGUUGGCUAGAACACAAUAUCUGGGUGCGCGAACUUCAAUCUAGCCAACCCUAUUCGGAUGAUCUAGUCAGCAUAAAUGAAUGA